AUGAUAAUUUUGUUUAUAGAACAAUUUAAUCAGUUGGCUGCAACAUUGCCAUCAAUGCGAAACUCGAGUACAAGAUCAGUCCGCGUUGCUGUUGCCGUAUUUUUAGCAAAGUUACGUUUGGGUUUAAGUAAUCGCGUUUUAGCCAUUUUAUUUCAUCUUGACAAUAAAAGAGUUGUUUCUCAUAUUAUCAGUCAAGUUCGCAAAGCUUUAAUUAAUGAUUUUGUACCUUAUCAUUUGGGCCUACAACAUAUUAGUCGUGAAAUUGCCAUUGAAGAGUAUCAAACAAACAUUGCUAGUAUUCUUCAUAGUAAUAAAUCUGACCACUUAAUCGUCAUAGCUGAUACACCUUACAUUUUCGUACCAUAG